AUGAGCUUUGGCUGCUGCUUUAACGAGGAGAAGUUGUUUAUCAAGGACAUUAGAGCUGAGAGUGGAUAUCACAGCAUUCUGUCCUGUAAGAGCGCUAUCUCCCAUUCGACAAAGAGAUUGACCAGUCGACGCUUCAAAAUCUUCAAGGCCUUCUUUUGUGUGUUGUAUACAGUAUUUCUCCUUUGGAAUACGAAAGAAGUGUCUUCAAGAGCUGUUCAUCUUAACAGUACUUUAAUGUCAACUUGUCGCCAUGCCGGUAUCUUCAACGGUCAAAACACAUAUUAUGAACUCGGAGACUGUCCAUUUGACCUCUGGUUGUUGCAAGAACAGCUUCAUAUGUAUUAA